UCCCGCCUAUCCCCCAAACACAGGCGCUGAUUGAUUAGACGAGCUCCUCGUUAUCUCCUAGUCUCUCUCAGCAACAUCAUCCGUCCUCCGUCAUUCCUCCUUCUCCUUACCUAUUUACAUCCAAUCCAUCAACCAGUCAACCAUCAAACUUUUCGUCUAUAUUUUCCUUCAUCCUUCAUCUCUAGGAUUUUAACUUUUUUGGAUAUCAUCUGUCUCUCUCUCGCUUCAUUAAUAGUUUGCUUAUUCUGAUUUACUUGAUAACCGAACGGAGUUGCCCAUCAUGAAGGGAGCUCUGCUUACCGCAGCUAUGCUGCUCGGCUCCGCCCAAGCUGGCGUCCACAAGAUGAAGCUCAAGAAGAUCCCUCUGGCUGAGCAGUUGGAGAGCAUCCCGAUUGAGCACCAAGUGCGCGGUCUCGGCCAGAAGUACAUGGGCGCUCGACCCGAGUCUCAGAGCCAGGCUAUCUUCCAAGAUACAUCCGUCCACAUAGAUAAGGACCAUCCUGUUCCCAUCUCCAACUUCAUGAAUGCUCAGUAUUUCUCCGAGAUUAGCAUCGGCACUCCUCCCCAAGACUUCAAGGUCAUCCUUGACACAGGUAGCUCUAAUCUCUGGGUUCCCUCCUCGUCCUGCGGUAGUAUCGCUUGUUACCUUCACAACAAGUACGACUCGUCCUCCUCUUCGACCUACAAGAAAAACGGGACCGAGUUCGAGAUUCGUUACGGAUCUGGUAGCUUGAGUGGUUUCGUGUCUCAGGAUGUCUUGACAAUUGGUGAUCUCAAGGUUACCAACCAAGAUUUCGCCGAGGCUACCAGCGAACCUGGUCUCGCUUUUGCCUUCGGUCGAUUUGACGGUAUCCUCGGGUUGGGCUUUGACCGACUCUCCGUAAACGGCAUCGUCCCUCCCUUCUACAAAAUGGUUAACCAGAAGUUGGUUGAUGAUGCCGUCUUCUCUUUCUACCUCAGUGGUGAGAACGGAGAUGACUCCUCGGAAGUCGUUUUUGGUGGUGUUGACCAGGACCACUACACUGGCAAGAUCACCGAGAUCCCCCUGCGCCGUAAGGCUUACUGGGAGGUCGACUUCGACUCUAUUUCUUUCGGUGAUGAGACUGCUGAGCUCGAGAACACUGGUGUUAUCCUUGACACCGGUACUUCUCUCAUUGCUCUUCCUACUGACCUUGCUGAGUUGCUCAACAAGGAGAUCGGUGCCAAGAAGAGCUUCAACGGCCAGUACACUGUCGACUGCUCGGUCCGCGACGGGCUCCCCGACAUCAGCUUCAAGCUGGGUGGCUACGACUUUGCUAUCGGACCCUACGACUACAUCCUCGAGGUCCAGGGCAGCUGUAUCUCUACCUUCAUGGGCAUGGACUUCCCUGCCCCCGUCGGCCCUCUCGCCAUCCUCGGUGAUGCAUUCCUCCGAAGAUGGUACUCCAUCUAUGACCUCGGAAAGGGUACCGUCGGACUAGCUAAGGCUAAAUAGGCGCAGGGAGAAAAUAGUUUGGAAGAGGAUGUAUGAAUGACUUUGUGAGGCUAAUAAUGAGAUGCAACAUGGAAAUUGUACUGGUUAAACCAUAAUAUGAGGGACAACAGCGGUUUUGAGUGCAAUUCAAAUUGGUCUUAGCCUGGGACUGUGUUUUUUUUCUUCAUUGGGUAUUGCUAUUGGAGCUUGGUCAUUGAGUAUGAUGAGACGUUGUCUUCGUUGUAAAUUACAGACCUGCAUGCAACACGUAUUCUUAUAGCAUCUCACCAGUUUGGUAUUACAUUAGUGAAAUCUUGUAAC